ACCCGGUAGCUAAACAACACAAACCUCUCAUCAGAUAAGUCGCAAAAUGAUCGGAUUAGCAAUCGUAGGAAGCGGGAUCUUCGCAAAGGAGCAGCACUUGCCUGCGGUGCAAGCGGCAAACGCAUAUAGUCUCAAAGCAACGUACUCCCGCUCGCAUAAAUCCGCUAGUGAUCUCGCGGAGGCGGCAGGCGGGGUGGAUGUGUAUUCCGACGAGACCGAUGGCAAAGGAUACGAUGCCCUCCUCCAGCGGGACGAUAUCCAGGCCGUCAUAAUCGCCCUGCCCAUCCCGAACCAGCCCCCGUACAUCAAGAAAGCCCUGGCGGCGGGGAAGCACGUUCUGGCCGAGAAACCUAUCAGCGAGAACAUCGCGACGGCGAAAGAACUCCUCGGAUGGUAUCACGCGAACAUCGACCCGUCCAAGGUCUUCUUCGGGAUCGCGGAGAAUUUCCGCUACCAGCCCAGCUUCGUGUAUGGCGCGGAGCAGGUGCCGAAGCUCGGUCGGGUGACCGGCUUUCGAACGCGGGUCUCCGCCAUGGUCCCGACGGAUGGGAAGUACUACAAAACGGCAUGGCGUAAAACACCCACGUAUAUGGGCGGGUUCCUUUUGGACGGCGGAGUUCAUUUCAUUGCGGGGACUCGACUUCUCUUGCAGCCGGACAACAAGAUCGCUCGGGUAUCCAGCUUUUCGUCGCAGCUGCAGGAACAUCUGGCUCCGCUCGACACGUUGGAUGCCACGGUUCGUUGUGCCUCUGGGGUAACGGGGACAAUCGCGAUUAGCUUUGGAACGACGUUCAAGGGGCGGGAGUAUGCCAUCGCAUGCGAAAACGGGACGGUCGAGGUGGGCUUUGACAAGGUCACGGUGGACAGGGACGGGGAGGUGGAGGUGAGGGAGUUUCCGGGCCAGGGGACCGGGGUGAAGGAAGAAGUGCUGGCGUUCGCCAAAGGUAUUGAGAGGGGUUCCUUGGACGACGAGCAGAGGCCCGAGGAAGCCCUGAGAGACCUCGAGGUGCUGGAAGCGUUGUUGAAAAGCGGCGAACAGGACGGGGUUCCUAUCGACCUCGGCCUGCAGUAA